CAACGACCAGGGUCGCCGAGAAGCUGAUUUAGUGGCAUCUCUACUGCCUUCUGCGCCGUUGCUGGACCAACCUCUACAUCUGGAUUUCUCACUUACAGUGCACUCGUCCUCUAAUAUGUCUAGGAAAAGUCGUUUGAUGGAUUGCCCCGACUGUCGAAGACCUCAGAUUCAGAGGAAAACAGCGAACUUCUGCUACUACACCGGGUUGAACUUCUGCGAUCUCUGUUUUGUGACGGAUGAAGCAAGGGCGGAGAUGUUGGCAGGUAAAACAAAAACCUAGUAUUUCAUAACUUUUUGCCUAUCUCUGGCUCUCCCCCAAAAAAAUACUUCGCGCCAAUAAUGUAGUUCAAUCCAAUUUUUUGAACUUUUUGGAACUAAUGGAUAAGAAAAAGCUCGGAGAGGGGGAAAGAGUUCCGUUCUGACGAAGAUCGAAAAAGUGCCAAAGGUCAAGCUCUGAAGAACGAGCUCCGAAACGAAUGAAAGACUGAACAGCGCCCAGGUGCAGAAUGCAGCGGCUCAUAAAAAUCAAAUGAGGCCAGCGCGAAGGAAUGGGCCAGGGGUGCCGGAGUGGUUCGAUCUGGAGGCCUAAAAAGUGAAGAUGGAAGCCUUCAGGUCUCGCAUUGUGCAGGCGAUUCAGACAAUGCAGGAACUUCUGGGCGAAGUUGAGGCUGCCAUGGCGCGUCGCCUGGAAGACCACACCAGACGCCGGCUGUGCCGUCUACGCAGGUGGAGGAGUUGGGAGAGGAAGCGCAAACCUCCCCGGGUGCUCCAAAUUCGAAGCAGGGCACUGAGCUGCUCCAUUUAUAUGCUGACGGCAGAAAAUUGAGACGCGAACUCACCCCCAGGCCUGGCUUGAUUCCUUAGGUUGGCCACCCUUUUCCACCGUAGGGCCGUAGCACUGAGUCGCCCGACCUCGACCGCAUAGAAGCGCCGAGAUUCUAGAAAGGAGCACCCCAGGGGCGCUGCCUCUCUCUAGAUGAGUUCUCUGCAUUCUUCGACCUUGGCGGCGAGCGCAGGAGCGGGCGUUGCAGGUGUUGGAUGCGUCCACCUUGAGAGGGCGCGGCCUCCUCCUCGAGGCUUGCCUAUGGCUUUGUCUACGUCCUUCCUUCGUUUCUCGGCCUCCGCGCUGUCUUCUCGCAAGAGCCUGAAGGCAGCAAGGCCGCCGGCUUCAAAUGGCGGGCGUGCGCUGCGUCGUCAAGGAGUCCCCCACGGGCCGGAGAAACUAACAGGGCGAGGCGCUGGGCGUCUUGUUCUAAAUAUUUGCGGCUUUGGUAAGGCCCACGCACCUGCAAAGUUUUCGAAGUCUCGCGCGACGAGUGGAAAGGCUUACGUCGCUACCCGAACACAUGACCGGGCGACACAAAUCGCGCGGGCUUUGCUUUCUGGAGGCAUCCUCGGGCACGCUUACACCGUGUCGCGGCGCGCCGCGUGCACCAACGAGGCCGCGAAAGCUUUAGCGCAGGCCCACCCCGAUGGCGUCGACUGCGGUCGUUAUGAGAGUGAGAGCUGCGCGGCAGAGUGCAAACGCUGGGGGGCCGGUGACCUCUUGGGCAUAGAGUCCGCACCUUAUGGCGCUGCGUAGUAACUAGUUUGCUUGUAGACUAGAGGCAAAGGCAGGCAGCGCAUCUAUUACCCAAGCACACUCUUCCCGCGUGUUUGGGUGGCAAGCUGGCUCACUGGCUUCUGCGUUUUUUCUCCUUUCGUAUCACCGUCCCGCGAUCAUAUGAAGACGCGCAAGCCAUGGCUCGAGGCUCUCGCUCUGCUUGUUGCUCUUGGCGGAUCAGUGAGCGCAUGCAGAAGCGUGCCGCCCUCGCCGUUGUCGUCGGUACGCGCACGCAUCUGGCCAAGGUGAUGGAGUUCCACCUACAAAGCGAAGACGCUCGCCAUCGAUGGGGUGCUUUCUUAGUUCUCUCGUUUCUAUCAAUCUGCUUCGUGGCUAGUUGGUUCGUGCUGGCUCUCUGCUUCUGGCAGGGGAGUACCAUAGCCCCGACGAGAAUGGGACCCGCUGAGAGUGCGGGCGGCUCAUAGACUGCGGGGCAUUGUGGAUGUCGGCUGAUUCGGCUGGCCCACUUUGGCUCUCCCGACCGUGAGUCUGGGUGGCCUGGUUCGUUGUCGCACCCUCCGCGUUGCUAUUCUUGAUCAAUUUUAGGAGGAAAAACCUGAAUGGCUUGAAGCUGAUGAACAAGUAGUCUUCAAACGCAACUACGCAACUCAUUCCACCAACAGCUCUCGAAGAGGACAGCAACGGCCAGACAAAAAAGCAGGAGACACGCAAGGAGUCAGAGCGUGCGGCGCGCAGUAUCAUUCCAGCCUAUGUCGCAAAAAAGUGGGACUUCACGGAACGCCCUAUUUGUCGAGCUGCGACUAUGUACCUACAAGGCAUUGCUCAUGCACCUAUCAUUGAUGGUUUCAAAAUUCGACGGAUUAGACCGGAAGCGUCUAACAGCCAAGUCCGCAUGUUGCAUUUGGCAUUGAUCGCGUCAGCGGAGCGUUUGGAAAUUGCUGGUUGUACGAGUGCUGUUGUUAAGAACUCGCCCUCUGCACUACCUCCACCACCAGCGCCCGCGGCUCCGGCGCCAUCUACAAAGUUUGCAGAUGAUGCUGCAAACCUACUAGCAGAGAAGAUUCCGUCCUCAUCAACCGUCGUUGAAUAUCCUGAACCGGACAGAGGUAUAGAAGCAGCAUCACAGGACAAGGAAGCUGCCCAGCGUCAACCCCUUGCAUGCUCAACACCAGCAUUCUUCUCCGCUGAAGCUCAAGAGGACCCUGAAGAUCAGCCACAAACCGCAUUAGAUCAUGUUGACAUGUUGAGCGAUGACGACGAUGACAUCAAGCUUGAUGUGCAGCUUCGAUCGGCGCUUCAACUAGCUGAUUUGGUAGAACCCAGCACAACGUCAACUGUUGCAACAUUGGCAACCGUAGCGGAUGGCACGCCUUUGUCAUCAUUCCAUUCUGCGGUAGUAAAGGAUGAAGAGAGCGCGAGAUCAGAUCUUGAGGAGAUCAUCGACGCCACGACUUCUAAGAUCAGAGAUGAGGAGAAAGCGAACAGUCCAGGAGAUCAUGAUAUCAAAAUAUCAGACGAAAUAAGAAUAACCGUCGAGCGACUUCACGUAGAAUCUGUCGCUUGCACUACUAGUGCCACGACGACGGCGGGAGAUGAACCGGCAAGCGCCAAACCUACGCUGGAGACAACUGCUUCCUUGGCUUCGAAAUUUCUUACCGCGACCGAAAGUUUCAUCGGCAACCUUUCUGGUCUCAGCGACAACCUAGCCUUGCGGUACCACAUCAUGACAGACUUCCAGCAGAAAGGGAGUGGCGUGCCA